AUGGGGAGAGGAAGGUGCUUCUUGGACAUUGGCAUAGGGGAAGAGCUAGAAGGAAGGAUAGUGGUGGAGCUUUACGACGAUGUUGCUCCCAAAACUGCUGAGAAUUUCAGAGCGCUAUGCACUGGUGAGAAAGGCAUUGGUCCAAAUACUGGCGUGCCCCUCCAUUUCAAGGGAUCUUGUUUUCAUCGUGUUAUUAAAGGCUUCAUGAUUCAAGGAGGUGAUAUAUCUGCUGGAGAUGGCACUGGAGGAGAAUCUAUAUACGGGCUUAAGUUUGAAGAUGAAAAUUUUGAGUUGAAGCAUGAAAGGAAAGGGAUGUUAUCAAUGGCAAACUCUGGUCCCAAUACAAAUGGGUCACAGUUUUUUAUCACUACCACCCGAACUUCCAAUCUAGACGGUAAGCAUGUUGUAUUUGGAAAAGUAGUUAAAGGAAUGGGAGUGGUCCGAUCAAUUGAGCAUGUUGUAAUCGGAGAGGAUGAUCGUCCCACUCUUGAUGUUACAAUUGUGGAUUGUGGAGAAAUUCGUGAAGGGGAAGAUGAUGGGAUAUCUAACUUCUUCAAAGAUGGAGACACCUAUCCUGAUUGGCCAGCAGACCUUGAUGAGAGCCCUGAUGAGCUUGACUGGUGGAUGAAAUCUGUUGACACCAUUAAGACUUUUGGCAAUGAGUAUUACAGGAAACAAGACUACAAAAUGGCUCUAAGGAAGUAUCGGAAAGCUCUGCGGUACCUGGAUAUUUGUUGGGAGAAGGAAGGCAUUGAUGAAGAGAUAAGUUCAGGAUUGAGAAAAACGAAGUCUCAGAUUUUCACAAACAGCUCUGCUUCAAAAUUGAAAUUAGGGGAUAUUAAAGGAGCAUUGUUGGAUACAGAAUUUGCAAUGCGUGAGGGAGACAACAAUGCUAAAGCUUUGUUUCGCCAAGGACAGGCAUAUAUGGCACUACAUGACAUUGAUGCUGCAGUUGAAAGCUUUAAGAAGGCACUGACCUUGGAGCCAAAUGAUGCUGGAAUAAAAAAGGGACUUGCUGCUGCCAGGAGGAAGAUAGCUGAUAGGCGUGAUCAAGAGAAAAAGGCAUAUAGCAAGAUGUUCCAAUAA